CGCGAGCCGAUACACUCGGCUCCGAAACCGAGGGGGAGAGUCGAGCGUCACGGAGCAGAGCACACAAUACGCAUACAGUGAGACUGGAGACAGCAGUUGCCCGAAGGGAGAGAAAGAGACUGGAGUGGCGAACAGACUCGCGCUCUCACAGACGCACGUAAACAGAGCAUCGCUGGAACGCCGACGGCUGUUUAUCAUCCUAACCUACAUGAGCCCGCAUCAGUAGUCUUUAGCGGGCAUCGUUGCUCUCCGAGACGGAGAGAGAGAGAGAAGGCAGAAGCGCAGCAAGAACAAAGAAGGACACGAAGAGAGUUGAAAAAGAGAACAGCUGCGGGGGAGAGAGAUCAAAUAACCGAAGAGUUGCUUCUUCCGAAGAUGGCAGAGAACAACCUCGAUUUGAACUUCCCUAUUUGGGGCCUGCUGCCCAAAAAGGAGACGGGUGUAACACAGUUCCUCGCCAAGUAUCCUCAGUACGACGGCAGAGGUACGAUUAUCGCUAUCUUCGAUUCCGGAGUUGAUCCCGGUGCGCCCGGCUUGCAGGUCACGUCAGACGGCAAAACCAAGAUCAUCGAGAGAUUCGAUUGCAGCGGCCUGGGCGACGUUGAUACCAGUAAGGUUGUCAAGACUAUCGAUGGAUACUUGACAGGUAUCACUGGGCGAAGAUUAAAGAUUCCAGGAUCUUGGAACAACCCCUCUGGAGAAUUUCAUCUUGGAGUGAAAAAUGCAUACUCCCUGUACCCAAAUAAGUUGCGCGAAAGGAUUGAACAAUCCAGAAAGAAAAAGCUGUGGGAUGAAGGCCACAAGACGGCUUUGGUUGAAGCUACAAGAUUGUUGCAAGAAUUUGAAGCUAAACAUCCUCAACUGACAACAAGCCAAGAAAAAUUGGAAAAAGAGGAACUUGAGGCUCGCGUGGAUUAUUUGAAUAAUUUAGAGAAAAAGUAUGAAGAUGUUGGCCCAACAUACGAUUGCAUUGUAUUUCAUGAUGGCCAAAUAUGGAGGGCUUGCAUUGAUACAUCAGAACAAGGAGAUUUGGAAUCUGGCGUAUUACUCGGAGAGUAUUCACAUACCAAGGAAUUUGCUCCACUGACCCAAGAAGACCAGCUUAAUGUUUCUAUAAACGUGCACGAUGAUGGAAAUACGUUAGAAAUUGUCAGUCUUUGCUCACAACACGGUACUCACGUAGCUUCGAUCGCAGCUGGGCAUUUCCCAGACAAUCCAGAAUUAAAUGGAGUUGCCCCAGGCGCGCAAAUUAUUUCUUUAACCAUUGGAGAUGCGCGCAUAAAUACGAUGGAAACUGGUAGUGCCAUCAUUAGAGCAAUGAUUAAAGUAAUGACCUAUAAGGAUAGAGUUCACACUAUUAAUAUGAGUUAUGGAGAAAGAGCUCACUGGGCAAACGCCGGUAGAAUCGGUGAUCUGAUGAACGAGGUCAUUGAUAAAUACGGAGUCACAUGGGUAUCGUCGGCAGGAAACAUGGGACCGGCUUUGUGUACUAUUAAUACUCCUCCUGAUUUGAAUUCAAACAGUAUUAUUGGCGUUGGUGCAUACGUUUCACCCGACAUGAUGAUGGCAGAGUAUUCUCUGAGAGAAAAAAUGCCUGGCAUGCCAUUUACAUGGUCUUCUCGUGGACCAAUGGCUGAUGGUGGCUAUGGUGUUACUGUGUGCGCGCCUGGUGGUGCUAUUACAAGUGUGCCGAAUUUCACCUUACGAAAGUGCCAGCUACUCAAUGGAACUAGUAUGGCAAGUCCCCACGUAACUGGUGCAGUUGCUGUCCUUAUUUCUGGAUUGAUUGCAAAGAAUCUGAAAUUCUCCCCGUACAGUAUCAAACGCGCUUUGGAAAACAGUGCGCACUUUAUUGAUACCCUUGAUCCCUUUGCACAGGGCUCGGGAUUGUUGCAGGUAGAGCGUGCCUUUGAAAACCUCGUUAACAAUGCAAAUGCUCCUGAACGAGACGUUAGGUUUACCAUUAAUUGCGGUACUAAUAACGCUAAAGGUAUUCACCUUAGAGCAGGUGUCAUUGACCGUCCAAGGGAUUAUGCCAUUACGGUAGAACCUGCGUUUUUGGAUAGCGAAAAUGUUGAUCCAGCGCGCAAAAUUAAUUUCAAUCUAAGACUUACUAUGCUGUGCGACGCACCAUGGGUGCAAUGUCCAACUCACUUUGAUUUAAUGCACAUGACACGAGCUUUUGCAAUUAGAGUAGAUGGAACUUCAUUAUCUGAGGGAGCUUACUUUACAAGUAUUCGAGCUUAUGAUGUAACGAACAUAGAUAAAGGACCCAUUUUCCGUAUCCCAAUUACCGUGAUCCAACCGUCGACGAUUCCCAAAAGUGCUCCACUUCCUGAUCUCACCUUUACUAAUGUCCCAUUCAGGCCAAACACUAUUCGUCGACAUUUUAUUGUUGUGCCUGAUGAUGCUUCAUGGGCAGUUUUAAGACUAAAGACUACAGAAAAAGAUAAGACUGGCCGUUUCGUCAUGCAUACGAUGCAAAUAAAACCUCGCUUAUCAACGAAAACACUAGAAGUCAACAAAAUGCUUAACAUUACCUCGCAGUCAGAGACGAUUCAAGGAUUUGCUGUACAGGGAGGUUUAAUUUUAGAAGUAGCGAUUGCUAAAUACUGGGCCAAUCUAGGCGACAUCCUCAUUGAUUACACCAUAGAGUUCCAUGGCGUUCGUCUAAUAAAUGGUAAUCUAACGAUGCAAUCAGGCGAUGGUAUUCAUAGAUUAGAGCUUCGUAGCUCAUUGAGAAGUGAAGAAGUCGUGCCAAGCAUCACACUUAAACACACUGUCCAGGUCGCAAGACCCACAGAAUCAAAAAUUUCACCACUUCGGGCACGCGACAUCAUUCCACCUGCCCGACAGAUAUUUGAGUUGCAAUUGACCUAUACAUUCCACAUUGGGAAGACGACUGAACUAACGCCCAAUGCUGCCCUCCUAAGCGAUUUGCUCUAUGAAAACGAAUAUGAAAGUCAAAUGUGGAUGAUAUAUAAUGUUAAUAAGCAACUCAUAUAUUGCGGAGAUGCUUAUCCAAGCAAAUACACACUUUCGAAAAUUGAAAAAGGUGAUUACACGUUAAAAAUGCAAGUGCGACACGAAAAGAGAGAGUUGCUCGAAAAAUUAACGGAAAUGCCCAUACUACUCACUCAAAAGAUGAGCUCGCAGAUUACUCUAGAUGUCUAUGUCAGUCAAUCACAAGCAAUUAUUGGUGGUAAAAAAAUGGUUGCUGCCUCAGUACCUCCAGGUCACAUUUUGCCUCUCUACAUUGCACCAUUAACUAAUGAAAGCAAAAUUUCUAAGGGUGCAUCAUUGGGAUCAUAUCUUCAGGGUACGAUAACCUUCUGUAAAGACGAAAUUGGCAAAAAAGUCGAUGUGCAUCCGUUCAAAUACGUAUUAUCAGAACCAGCUAAGAAACCUGCCAGUCAACAGAACAAUAAGAAUGAUAAUAAUAGCAAAGACAAAACUACGAAAUGGGACGAAUACAACGAAGCAAUGCGCGAUCUCCAGUGCGCUUGGCUUGCUAAACUCGCUCCAUCUGUCAAACCCGGUGAACACGCCAAAGAGCUUUACAGCGAUCUUAAGAUAACCUUCCCGGAUUGCUUGGCGAUUCACAUUGCCAUGCUGACAUCCUUGGACUCAACUGAUAACCCUCGAUAUGUGCCUCACGACGACAUAACCGAAGCCGUUAUCAAUUUUUCGGGUCAAAUAGUCACUAUUGCUGAUGAAAUCAUCAAAGCAAUCGAUCAGGAGAAACUCCUGGCGUACUAUGGCCUAAAGAACGACCAGAGGCCCGAUGCUGCCAAAAUUAAGUCUGCAACGGACAAACAGAAGAACUGCCUAAUUGAAGCUCUGGUGAAAAAGGGCUGUGCUAUGGCACGCUUGUACAUACAUGGCAAGAGGAAAAACGAUGCCGAGGAAUCUCAGGCGCUGUUGGACAAUGUCAACAAUCUCUGGAGGGACGCUCAGAAGUUUGCCGAGGCGACGGAUAGCAAAGUGAUUGUUCUUUCGUUAUGGCACGCACACAUUAACAAACAUUAUGGUAGAUAUAUGAAGCUUUUAACAAAAUACUAUGAAGACAAGCCAGUUAAAGAAGUCGACGAGAAACUAAUUGACGUAGCGAAAACUUUGGGUUGGGAAUACUUGGCACAACAUAUCACAACGAGUAUACCAUUUAAAUAUCCACCUGCCCAUAUUUUGUUUUGAUCAUUAAAGACUUCAUAAGAUUUGGAUUUCAUGCACGGCCAUUUCUUGAAAUGAAUGAAGCAUCUCUCAUUGAGAGGCUAUUUCAAUGUGUUGACGAAGAAGAUAAUCUGUAUUUUCCAAGUUUAUUGGACACGCUAUGCAAGUACUUGCUCGUACAGCAAAAAUUAUUUAGCUUGAUCAUAAAAAGCAAUACACAAGUAUCAGUCAGUGAGUUAUACAUAUUCAUUACUCGCAAAAUGUCCGUACAUGUACAAGAGGUUUUCGAGAUUAACAUUGUCAUUCGAUAGUAAAAUAAAAAGACUGUCUAGUUCGAACAAUAUUCAGAGAAAAAAAUAAUUUUAUACACGCAUUAUUGCGUACAAUCUAUCAAAUUGUAAUCUGUCAACCUAAUGAAUUCUAUAAAAAAAAAAAUCGUUUUUACGCAGCGAAUUUAUCUUCAAUCAGCGUAACGCAAUAUUUGAGUUGUUGGGUUCAAGCGGUUGUAUCGUUUAUAAAAUGACUGAUCACGUUUUAAUUGUAAUAAAAAUAUCAGUAAAAAUUAAA